AUGGCUGACUUCACCUCCAUCAGAGCGUUCCUCCUGCUACCUGCAUCUUCCAAUAUCACUAUUCAGUUUACUGUAGAGACACCCUACGGUCUCAUCGUUGAGUUCAAAACUGGCGAAAAGCUCGGCGUACGUCUCAAAGACAAUACCUCGGCCACCAAUUCACAGGAUGCGCCGGACUAUGCGCCCAACAUCCAGCCUGGCACGCAGCCAACAGGCUCGCCUAGAUCUCACCUAGAAUCCACCCCUACAGUAGACACCGGCUCAGAUCACCAGUCUUCCAAUGCGGGAUACGGGUACGCCAUCUUCACGGACGGGGGGACUUCAGGGUUGUGGUACAUGUCGAAUUGGCCCGGCAACGACCCCGGAAUCGACAACCACAUCGACAUUGACGAUAUCGAAGACCGGUACCCCGCUGCUUGGCUUCAGGCCUUUGCACGUUGGAUACAGCAGUUCGACGACUCAUUCACAAAGGGAGAAUGUCAUUUCAGCUCUUUUGGUGUACUCUUCCCUCGCGAUCAACUUCUUAUUCUCCUUGGGAAGUUUGCUUAA